ACGGUUGUCGCUGCAUUUCUCGCCAUGAAUUCACGGGCUUAUGCAGGAGCUGGUGCAAUGUCAUCGCCUCGCUAGCAGGCAGCAAACUGGAAGGGUGAAACACCUGGAGCGGGCUGCAGACAUCAGUGGCCUCACUAAUGCAGGCUGAGCCUCGAUAGUGUCGGUGAAGAAGAACAGGCCUCGCUGUGAUGCUUUUCUCGUCGGUUUAAGAAAAAAAAGGAGGAAUUGUAUUCACCUCGACAGGAAGCGAGACCGGGAAGUUAAUGAGUCAAAACCUGCUUUUUUGAGGAUAACUGGACUGUGUCCCGUGCACCGCUCAAAAUGGCUAUUGCGCGGCAAUUUGGACUCCUGUUGUGGAAAAAUUAUCUUCAGCAGAAACGUCAAAUCCUGGUAACCCUGGUGGAGAUACUGCUACCACUGCUCUUCUCCUGCAUCCUCAUUGUGCUUCGUCAGAAGGUGCCCAUUAAGAACUACCCAAAUGCCACAGUCUAUGAGAGCUACGACGUUAACGAACUACCAAGGAGCUCAUUGAAACACUUUCAGCUGGCUUAUGUGCCCGGUAACUCCAGUGUGGUGCGACAGGUGGCAGAGGAUGUGCGAAGCAGCCUUCUCUUCUCUGCAGUGCGUGGCUUUGAGACAGAGGAGCAGUUCGAGGAGUAUGUGAGAAAUGACUCUCAGUCAGGAAAGCUGCUGGCUGCUGUGGUGUUUGAGCAUCCAUUCACCCACGAUGAUGAACCUCUGCCCCUGAAGGUGAGCUACCAUCUGCGAUUCAGCUUCACCCCACGUAAUGCCCCAGCCAAGGAGAAGUUUGAGCUGAACCCCAACAGCGACCUUGACUGGCACACGCUCAGCCUCUUCCCCCUCUUCCAAAUGCCAGGGCCGAGGGAGCAGUAUGACAAGGAGGGGGGCACACCCGGUUAUUACCGGGAAGGAUUCCUUGCUGUACAGCAUGCAGUGGACCGAGCCAUCAUGCGCUCUUACAACAAGACAUCUGCUUCCUCUCUGCUGCGACAGACCCGAGUGGUCCUAUCGCGGUUUCCUUACCCGGCUUUUAUAUAUGACGUCUUCAUCCUGGCUAUUCAGAACCAGCUGCCCCUAAUGCUGGUGCUCAGCUUUACCUACACUUCGCUCAACAUAGUGCGUGCCGUGGUGCAGGAGAAGGAGAGGAAGCUGAAGGAGUACAUGAGGAUGAUGGGCCUUAGCAACUGGCUCCACUGGAGCGCCUGGUUCCUCAUGUUCUUCCUCUUCCUCUCCAUUUCAAUCUUUCUCGUCAGCCUACUCCUUUGUAUCCAUAUUAGCCCUAAUGGAGCAGUGCUGACCUACAGUGACCCCACGCUGGUUUUUGUCUUCCUGCUCUUCUUCACUGUGGCCACCAUCAACUUCAGCUUCAUGAUCACUGCCUUCUUCUCACGAGCAAAUGUGGCGGCAGCAGCAGGCGGCUUCACCUAUUUCCUGAGCUACUUGCCUUACUUGUUCCUGUGGCCACGCUAUGACCUAAUGAGCCAUACCCAGAAGGUGUCAGCCUGCCUCAUCUCCAACGUGGCCAUGUCUAUGGGUGCUCAGCUCAUAGGAAUGUUUGAAGGCAAAGGAACGGGAAUCCAGUGGUCAAACUUGUUUGACUCGGUGACUGUGGACGAUGACUUCUCCAUGGGCCAGGUGUUGUGCUUGCUGCUGUUUGACGCGGUGCUCUACGGGUUGGUGGCCUGGUACAUGGAGGCCGUUUUUCCAGGAGAGUACGGUGUGCCUCUGCCAUCUUACUUCUUCCUACUGCCUUCAUACUGGUGCAGCAGCCCCCGCAUGGCUCUAGUGAAUGAGAAAGAGGAAGAGGAGGAUGCAGAGAAGGCUCUGAAAGGGGAGUUUAUAGAGGAGGAGCCAUCGGGACUCGUCUCGGGGAUCAAGAUAAAACACCUCGCUAAGGAAUUCAGAAUGGGAAACAAGACAAGACAGGCUGUGCAGAAUCUAACGUUGAACAUGUUCGAAGGACAGAUCACGGUGCUGCUCGGACACAACGGUGCAGGGAAGUCCACGACAUUGUCCAUGCUCACAGGACUGUUUCCCCCUACCAGCGGCAGAGCCUAUAUCAACGGCUACGACAUCUGCCAGGACAUGGCUCUGAUCCGCCGCAGCCUCGGACUCUGUCCCCAGCAUGAUGUCCUGUUUGAUAACCUCACCGUCAGAGAGCACCUUCUCUUCUAUGCACAGCUGAAAGGCUUCUCCAGAGACAAGAUUCCAGACGACGUAGACCGCAUCAUCCGUAUCCUGAACCUUGAAGAUAAGAGACACGCUCGCUCCAAGACCCUCUCCGGUGGCAUGAAGAGAAAGCUAUCCAUUGGCAUCGCCCUCAUUGGAGACUCCAAGGUGGUGAUGCUAGAUGAGCCCACAUCAGGUAUGGAUCCAUCAGCUAGACGUGCCACCUGGGACCUCCUGCAGGGGGAGAAGCGUGGUCGCACCAUCCUGCUCACCACACACUUCAUGGACGAGGCUGACCUGCUCGGUGACCGCAUCGCCAUCAUGGCAGGAGGAGAGCUGCAGUGCAGCGGGUCACCACUUUUCCUUAAAAACAAAUAUGGUGCUGGCUACCACAUGGUGAUAGUAAAGGACGCUCUUUGUAACGUGUCUGAGAUCACCCGCCUCGUCCACAUGUAUGUUCCUAAUGCCACACUGGAGAGCAGUGCGGGCGCCGAGCUCUCUUUCAUCUUGCCCAAAGAAAGCACCAGCAGGUUUGAGCUGCUGUUUGCUGAGCUGGAGAUGAACAGGGAGGAGCUGGGAAUCGCCAGCUAUGGAGCUUCUGUAACCACUAUGGAAGAGGUUUUCCUCAGAGUGGGAAAGUUAGUGGAUUCUAGUUUGGACAUCCAGGCCAUCCAGCUGCCAGCGCUACAGUACCAACAUGAGAGACGCUCCAAUGACUGGACCGCCGAUGACGCCAGCACCACCAGCGGCAUGACGGAUGUCACUGACUUCACAGACAGCGGCACGCUCAUCUCAGAGGACUGCUCCAACAUCAAGCUGAACACCGGAGCCAGACUAUACCUGCAACAGUUCUACGCCAUGUUCUUAAAGAGGGCGCUCUACAGCUGGAGGAACUGGAAGGUGAUGGUGGCUCAGUUCCUGGUCCCUUUAGUCUUCACCAUUUUGGCCUUAGUUGUGGCACGCAGCUUGCCAAAUUCCAACAACGCUCCGCAGCUGAGGCUGGCCCUCAGCCUGUAUGGCCCCACCAGGGUUCCUGUGGCUGUACAGCCGGGAGUGGGCCCUGUGACCUCUGCCCUGGCAAAAACAUACAGCUCACAGCUCUCUGCCCAGCUUGGCGAGCUCGUCAACAUCACAGUCUUCACAGAUUACAUCCUGAACCAGGCAGAGGAAGAAGGUGGCAGCUUUAAUGAGCGCUGUGUGGUGGGUGCAGCUUUCCGUGGCAGCAACAGCAAAUAUACAGAAGCGACAGCCUAUUUCAACAAUGCAGGCUACCAUACACCCGCCACAGCCCUCAUGAUGGUGGACAAUGCUCUGUUCAAACUUCUAGCAGGGCCGAAUGCUUCCAUACAGACGGGCAACUACCCAAUGCCACGCAAUAUGUCUGAGACCGCCCAGAGCCAGCUCAGAGAGGGAAGAACCGGUUUCAUCAUUGCGAUCAACCUGAUGUACGGUAUGGCGUCCCUGUCCAGCACGUUUGCACUACUGCUCGUAACAGAGUCUUCUAUCAAGUCCAAGCAUGUGCAGCAGGUCAGCGGAGUCUACCUGUCAAACUUCUGGUUUUCUGCCCUGCUGUGGGACCUGAUCAACUUCCUGCUGCCCUGCCUUCUCAUGCUGGUGGUUUUUCAGGCAUUCGGAGUCAAGGCUUUCACAGACAACAGCCACAUGGUAGAUGUGUUGUUGUUACUGCUGCUGUAUGGCUGGGCGGUUGUGCCUCUUAUGUACCUGCUCAGCUUCCUCUUCACCAGUGCAGCUACUGCCUAUACACGCCUCACCAUCUUCAACAUUAUCUCUGGCACGGCCACCUUUCUGUCCGUCACCAUUUUGGCUAUCCCAGAGUUAAAUAUGAAGCACCUGUCGUUCUUACUGGAUAAGGUUUUUCUGAUCUUCCCAAACUAUUGCCUGGGCAUGUCCUUCAGCCAGUUCUACCAGAACUACGAAUUCCUCACGUUCUGCACCUCCAGUCCACCAUUCAGUCAGAUAGCGUGUGGACUGAUGAACAUUACCUGGCAGCCAAAUUAUUUCUCGAUGGCUGAACCUGGUGUGGGACGCUUCCUUGUGGCCUUCUCGAUACAGGGUUUAGUCUUCAUUAUUCUGCUGUUUGUCAUUGAGCUGCAGUGUGUCCGCACUCUCCGGCGACUCAUCACCUCCCUGUUCAGGAGACAUAAACAGUUACCUCACAUGGAGGAUGCAGCCGUGCUUCCGGAGGACAGGGAUGUGGCUGAAGAAAGAAAGAGGGUCCUGGAGUGUCAGCCAGUAGUAGAGUCUAUGGUUGGCAGCCCACUCGUGAUGCAGGAGCUCAGCAAGGAGUACCGCAGCGGGUCGACUCUUCUCGCUGUGGACAGGCUGUCUUUAGCUGUAGGGAAAGGGGAGUGUUUCGGCCUCCUGGGCUUCAAUGGAGCAGGCAAGACCACGACUUUUAAGAUGUUGACAGGUGAUGAGACCGUGACCUCUGGGGAUGCCUACAUUGAUGGAUACAGCAUCUUGAGAGACAUUAAAAAGGUGCAGCAGCGCAUUGGUUACUGCCCUCAGUUUGAUGCUGUGUUGGACCACAUGACCGGAAGAGAAACUCUGAGUAUGUAUUCCAGGCUCAGAGGAAUACCAGAGAGGCAUGUUUCUGGCUGCGUGGAGAAUGUCCUGAGGUCACUGCUGCUGGAGCCUCACGCUGAUAAACUGGUCCGCAGCUACAGUGGAGGUAACAAGCGGAAGCUGAGUGCAGGCAUGGCUCUCAUUGGUGGGCCUCCGGUCAUCUUCCUGGAUGAGCCUUCGACAGGGAUGGACCCCGUGGCUAGGAGGCUGCUGUGGGACGCUGUUACACGCACACGAGAGUCUGGAAAGGCCAUAAUCAUCACUUCUCAUAGUAUGGAGGAGUGUGAGGCUCUGUGUACCAGGCUGGCAGUGAUGGUCAACGGUCAGUUCAAGUGCCUUGGGAGUCCUCAACACCUGAAGAGCAAGUUCGGCAGCGGCUACACCCUGCUGGCCAAAGUACACAUCGAGGCUGAGUUGGAGGACAGCGACCUGCAGCUUUUUAAAGACUUUAUUGAAAGUACCUUCCCAGGAAGUCAACUAAAGGAUGAGCACCAGGGAAUGGUGCACUAUCAUUUGACAGACAAAACGCUAACCUGGGCACAGGUGUUUGGCACUUUGGAGGCAGCCAAAGAGAAGUAUCAGAUUGAAGACUACUGUGUGAGCCAGAUAUCACUGGAGCAGGUGUUCCUUAGCUUUGCCCAGUUUCAGCACUGCAUAGAGUGUGGGAGGAAGUAAGUGGAGCGAGGAAUCCGUCCAUCCAUUGACAGUUUUCUACAGUCCUAUAUGUGUUAGUGUGUGUGUAACACCUGUGUGCAUCCACAGGCUGGAGCAGGUUUUAUCUCUGGCUCCAUGUUUACCUUGACAAACAACACAUACAAAGAUACACUUUGGGCGAGUGACAUCAACAACAUUUACUAGUGUAUAACGUUGGUGUGUCUUUGUUGGGAGAUUCAUGCUAUUCUUGUUGUGUGACGAGGAAGUACUAGGAUUGGCGAUUAUGACUCCUAGAGGAUGAUUAUUUUCAAGUAAAGAACAAAAGUUCUGCACAUUUUUAGUGAGGUCAAAGUCAAUGACACCCCUCAUUAGAUACUACAACUCUGAAUUGUGUGUGACAGGGGUUUUUUGUGUACAGUUUGUCUUUUUUUUGUUAUUUAUGAUUGUAUUUUUAUUAAUUAUGUCUCCAAUAAUUGUGAGCUUUUUUCUGUGAUCAUCAAUCAUCACAAGAGUAUGAACCACUCCAUUUAAUACGUGUAUGAAAUUGUUACACACCUUUGCGCCUUAUCUAACUACUGAGGGUUCUUGUUUCUUUAUAUUGCCCAAUACAAAAUGCCUGGUUAUCCUCAAGAGCCUCUUAAUGUUGUUGCCAGAUGUAAAUAUUGUUAUGCCUUCAUGGUACUAAAAAACACAUAAUCAUCAGGCCAGAGCAGAACCUUUUCUCAUUUGAAGACUGUUUUGUGUACAUUAUUGAAUGCAUGCAUACAAUACGAAUUACAGAGUGCAUGAUACUGGAUUAGCAAAGAGCUGCUGGAGAUUGCAAAAAGAACGCCCUUAUUGAGGGCUAAUCCUCAGAGGACAUUUAGUCCAGUCUGAGACAUUUGAUUACGCCUCCAUUGUUAAGGUCUUAUGAACCAUGUUUUCUUGGUUUCCUGCUAAACAAGUUACAGCAACAGUGUGUUACCAUGCGAUAUCCAGCCUUUACAGUUUACACAAAGAUAUUUAGAAAUAGAUCAUUGUGUGACACAGGAGACUUUUUUUCACAAGUUGCAGCAAUAGAAUUGGCAAUCCUUUUACCUUGAAUGUAAAAUUACAUUCCUAUUCUAAAUGAAACAAACUUGAGCUGAAUGUAUUUUACUGUCUGACCUGAAAGCAAAAAGCAGGCAGUGAUUAACUUUAUUAACAGCUUCAUAUGAUUUACAGAUGUUGUUAUGUGUGCGUGAGAAGACUAGUAAGGAGACUGACAUUCCAGAAAGACAUGGAUAUGUGACUCGUUGGUCUUUAAAGGAAAUUAUCCUCCUAAUUUUGACUUUUGUUAAAUUUUUGUGUUUAUUUGCACUUCAUUACAUGUAUGACUUGAAUCAAUUGCAAUGUAAGAUACAUACGUCAUUUGAGGAGAAAUGGAAAUGCUUGCACUGCUGAUAUUGAAUGAUGAAGUUAUGCUGAAAAACAGUGUAUCGUAUUUAAAAAGGGAAUUCACAUCAUUGUAAUUGUGUACUGUAGCCUACUGUACCAUGAAACUGACCAUGUCGACUGUAUAUGUAUCGCUUUUAAAUUAAAUAAUGCUCUAUGCAAAUGGAAGCAAA